CGGUGCUCUGUUUCAUUUCCCCAAAAACUUCAUUUUUACCAUUUUAGCCUCCACCACACUCGACUCUGUUCUCUCUCCUCUCACCGACAUUCCAUUCCAAUUUCUAUCCCCACACUCAUCAAAUCGAACUCUGAUAUAUGAGCCACUGACUCAUUGGGGGGCUCUCAUACUUCUGGCGUUUUUUCAAAGAUUCAUCUAAGAACUCUGGUAAAGAUUGGAUUUUUUUGUUGUUGUUGUCAAGUCUUCUUCCUCAGAGUUGUUGCAGAUCUGAAUCUUGCCGGUAAGCUCUCUGUUUGGCUUGUGGAGAAAUGGGUGGGGGAGAAAAGUCCAAGUCCAAAGGUGGUUGGUGUGGGUGGCUGCUGGUUCUGGUGGUUGCGGCGGCCGUCGUGGCUGCCAUUGUAGUGCUCGUGAAGAAAAAACACGGAGGCGGCUCCGGUGCCCCCCCUGUUCCGGGCCCACCCGGCGCCGUCACCCAGAAAUACGGCGAUGCCCUCAAGAUCGCAAUGCAGUUCUUCGAUGUCCAGAAGUCUGGGAAGUUGGAAGACAACACAAUAUCAUGGAGAGGGGAUUCGGCGAUGGAAGAUGGCAGUUCAGCAAACCUGGAUUUGAGCAAAGGGAUGUACGACGCGGGGGACCUUAUGAAGUUCGGGUUCCCAAUGGCCUAUACAGCAACAGUGCUGGCAUGGACGAUCCUCGAGUAUGGUGAUCAAAUGGAAGUCGUUGGCCAGUUAAAACCUGCUAAAGAUUCACUCAAAUGGAUAACUGAUUACCUUGUCAAUGCCCACCCUUCUCCCAAUGUUCUUUACAUUCAGGUGGGUGAUCCUGAUAUAGACCACAAGUGCUGGCAAAGACCUGAAGACAUGACAGAGAAAAGGCCUCUCAUACAAAUCAACACUUCUGUACCCGGCACAGAAGCUGCAGCUGAAACUGCAGCAGCCAUGGCAGCAGCUUCCCUUGUCUUCAAACCUCCAUACUCCAGCACCCUUUUAAGGCAUGCCAAACAGCUCUUUACUUUUGCGGACAAACACCGAGGGUCUUACAGCGAAAACAUCCCCAAAGUUGCCACUUAUUACAACUCUACCGGGUACGGAGACGAGCUCUUGUGGGCCGCCACGUGGCUCUACCAUGCGACGGGAGAUCAGUCGUACCAUGAUUAUGUGACUGGUGAAAAUGGCGACGAGUUUGCUAGCUGGGGGAAUCCUACCUGGUUUAGCUGGGACAACAAACUGGCUGGAGUGCAGGUUUUGUUGUCAAGGGUAAGUUUCUUUAGGCCAAAGGGGCUAUCAAACUCACAAGUUCUCCUCAAGUAUAGGAGCACUGCAGAAGCUGUUAUGUGUGGGCUCUUACCAAAAUCUCCCACAGCCACCUCCAGCCGAACUGACUCUGGUUUAGUGUGGGUAAGUCAAUGGAACUCUUUGCAGCAUCCGGUGGCUUCGGCCUUCUUAGCCGUUGUCUAUAGUGACUACAUGCUCACGUCUCGCACCCCCAAGAUAUCAUGCGACGGGCAGUCUUAUACACCGUCCGAUCUAAGGAAGUUUGCCAUUUCACAGGCUGACUAUGUGUUGGGCGAUAAUCCGAUGAAGAUGAGUUAUCUGGUCGGGUAUGGUGACAACUACCCGAAAUACGUUCACCAUAGAGGGGCCUCGAUACCCGCGGGCGAAGCGAACGGGUGCAAAGACGGGUUCAAGUGGCUCACGUCGACCGCUCCCAACCCGAACGUUGCGACCGGAGGCCUCGUCGGAGGACCGUUCCUAAACGAGACGUAUGUGGAUUCAAGGAACAACUCGAUGCAAGCAGAGCCCACCACGUACAACAGCGCGAUCAUCGUGGGCCUCCUCUCCGGUCUGGUCACCACCUCCUCGGUCGCCCGCUCUUUUACAUGAGCCGGACAACCUCAAAUUCAAAUCCAAAUCACUCACACAUUUUGUUUAUUUGUAUGUACAUACACAAAAGAAUCAUGUUGUGGCACACAUGAUGAGUUAUGCAUUGGUUGAACAUAUCAUUUCAUGCUUGCAAAAUGUGAAGGCUUUUCAAGAUUAGUGGGAACACUAGUGAGAAAUGAUCUCUUGUCAACGGGCGAUUUCGGAUUUGGUUGUGGCGUAGCCCAAUUGUUGUUCCAUCUCCCAGCUUAACUUCGGGGCAUCUUCGACGUGUAUAGGAACAUAAUCCUACAAAAACAUGCCAUGCAAAAUCGUUUGUCUUGUCUGAG